AUGGCGAAUACAGCGCAGUGUUAUUAUUGCUUUGAGUCUCUGCUUGCCUCAUUCCAGGACCGCGAGCCAGCCACUUUGGCAGCCGUAGAAGCCCUUUGGGAGCAACAUGAGCAAAGUAAGAAGCUGUCGAGUCUGCAAGUUCAAACAGAGCAAGAAGCGGACAGUCAGCAGUCUGUAAAUGAAGAGGAUGAAGAUGAUACCCAGCAAUCAUCCCUGACGAGUAGUCGUCCCAACAAGCUGAAAUUCCCCAGCGUCAGUCGUCUCCAGAGCCAAUCCUCCGCGGUAUCCAGUGCAGCUACGACACCAUCAUCCACUUCCAAUGCGUCCGCCAAUUCACUUGGCUCCAGCUCAACUAACAUCACCUCGCCCGGGCUGGCUGAGACCCCAUCCCAGCUGACAUCGCCCGAUCAGCGGUACCCCCUGUUCGUCACAUGGAAUACCCUAUCACGAAGCGGAAACAAGUCUCUGCGGGGAUGCAUAGGCACAUUCGAGGGACAGGAGCUGGCGGCAGGGCUGAAGUCCUACGCUUUGACCUCAGCCUUUGACGACACACGCUUCUCUCCUAUCCCCAAAUCUCUUCUUUCCUCGCUAUCAUGUUCUCUCACCCUCCUAGGAUCCUUUGAACCAUGCACGAACGCCCUGGACUGGACUCUAGGCACCCAUGGCCUGCGCAUCUCUUUCAUCCACCGCGGCCGCCGCUACGGCGCCACCUAUCUCCCAGACGUUGCCGUCGAGCAGUGUUGGACAAAAGAAGAAACCAUCGAGAGCUUGAUGCGCAAGGCAGGGUGGGACGGUGGUGUUGGAAGUACUGCUAGGAGACUACUACGAGGUGCGGCAGGAGGAAAUUCCAGCGGUUCCAAACCCUGGGACCAGGUCUCUGAGUUCUGCACUGUCAGGUACCAGGGCCUAAAGGCGAGUGCAGAUUAUGCUCAGUGGCAGGUAUGGCGGGACUGGGUUCUGUCUCUGGAUGAUGGAGCAGAAAUCCUGGCUGGCUCGGCGUGA